AUGACUCUUAAGACACAGGAGAAUAAUAGGCAGGAUGAAAGAGAGAAAGAACAGACUGACCCAGAGAUUGAGGGAGAAGAAUCUCCAGAGAGCACAAGCCCAAGAGAAAUGUUAGCACUUUCUCAGACAGUUCAGGAGACAAAUUUUGAGAAUGAAGAGGAGCCAACUACCAGUAACCACGCUGACCCAAUAGGACCUCCAGACAAAUACUGCACUCCACAGUAUUUUUCAGACCAUCUCACAAGAGUGUGGCGGUUUCCAGCUCUUGCGAUCCAGAGGAUCAACACGCCACUCCAGAAAGAUAUAGAUGUGCAGAUUCUUGAGAGUGACCAGCCUAUAUCCACUGGACCAAUGACAGAAUGCUUGUACUGCAAUGAGAAGUAUAGCCUGUCAGAAAUACAAGACCAUGUUGAUGUUUGUGAGAAGUUACAUGAGUCAGGCAAAGUGAUAUCAGAUAACACUGGCAGUACAAGACAGGAAGAAAUUGCAGCAACCAUGUCAGAGGAUAAUGCUGAAAGGGAGGAAAGGGCCUCAACAUCACUCACUACUGUUUUCUCAGCCAGUACCAGCCCAUCAGCAGAGCCUGCCACUGAAGAGUGGAAGAUUGAGCCUGAUCUUGAAACAGCUGCCCGGCUGUUUCGAAGACAUAUCUUAAAGAAUGCUGAGGACAAACCAGACCUAGUUGUUAAGCUAGAUCUACACAGCUGUGAAAAGGAUCGGGAACGGGAAAUGUUAACUUUUUAUAAACGUCCAAAUAUUGAUUGGACAAGUCUGUUAACUGUAAAACUUAAAGGAGAUGUUACAUUAGGGGAUGGAGUAACACAGCACUUUUUCACAUUGAUAAUGGAAAAGCUCCACAAUGGAUUUGAACUUGACAUUGAUAACUGUGGCAAAACACUUUUAUUCAACGGAGAAGAUGAUCACAAGGUUCCUUCGACAUCUAGAGCACUUUUGGAUGGUGACCUGUUCAGAGUUGUUGGAAGAAUGAUUGGGCAUUCAUUUAUUAAUGGAGGUCCACUCUACUCAGGACUUAGUGCAGCUUUCUUCCCCCUUUUAAGUGGUAGUAAGGAUGAUACUCCAAUUCUGGAAUUGAAGGACUGUCCUGAUACAGAUGUGAUUGAAGUUGUGUCCCUUCUGGAAAGCCAGAAUGAAUUGAAUCCGAACGAAAUGGACAGUAUCAACAAUCUGGCCAUCAGUUGGGACCUGCCAGCAGUCAGCAACAUCAACAGAAGAUGGUUGGCAGAAACCAUUCUCUACCAUGGGGUUAUUGGUCGACGUGAAAAACAGAUCUCACAGCUGCGGAGAGGACUCAAAGAUACUGGUGUUUUGAGAAUGAUAAAAGAACAACCCAGUUUAGCUGCAGUACUGUUUCCCAGAUCUUCUGCACUAGUGCUGGAACCAGAGAUGAUACUUAAGAGUCAUCUGGCCAGAACCAGACAGUGAUGAAGAUGAAGCCCAAUUCAACCUGGAGCAAUCUUGUGACGUUACGGCCUUCUUGCGUGAAUAUAUUCAAACAGGAUCACCUGCUGAACUGUGCGAGUUGCUGAAGUUUUGGACUGGCUGGGCUGUUCUGCCUCAACAUCUGUAUGUUGAAGUAUCACCUGACCUAUCAUUGCCAGUGGCUUCAACCUGCCUCACAACACUUAAACUUACUUUAAGAUGCAGAACCUUUCUUGCAUUUACACAAGCCAUGAGAGCAUCAGUUUCAUCCACAAGGUUUGGCUUUGGCCUUGUCUAAGUUGUUAGAUUUAAAAUUGUUCAUGAACUGAUAAAUGCAUG